AUGGCGACGCUCGGCCUCGACAUCACGAAGAAGCACAAGGUGACUGUUGUCGGUUCCGGCAAUUGGGGCUCUACCAUUUCCAAAAUCGUUGCCGAGAACACCAAGGCGUUCCCCGAUAUCUUCGAGGAGGAGGUCCAGAUGUGGGUGUACGAGGAGGAUGUCACUCUGUCCGAAGACUCUCCCUACUAUGACUCGGCCACGGGUUCGUCACCGCAAAAGCUCACUCACAUUAUCAACACGCACCACGAGAACACAAAGUACCUGCCUGGGGUCCGUCUGCCGACAAACCUGAUUGCAAACCCCUCGGUCGUCGACGCCGCCCGCGACGCUACGAUUCUCAUUUUCAACCUGCCCCACCAGUUUAUUGGCAAAGUCUGCGACCAGCUGCGCGGCAAUAUUCUCCCCUUUGCUCGUGGCAUCUCCUGCAUCAAGGGUGUUAAUGUCUCAGACGACGGUGUCUCCCUCUUCUCCGAAUGGAUCGGUGACGGUCUCGGCAUCUACGUUGGUGCCCUGUCUGGCGCCAACAUUGCUUCUGAGAUUGCUGCCGAGAAGUGGUCCGAGACGACUAUCGCAUAUGACCCGCCUCCAAUGGAUAACUCGCGCGUGCCUACCCCGCGCGCGACCUCGCGGACCGCAUCGCCUGGCCCUGCCUCGCCGACGGUUGCCCAGCAAGCCGCCAACGGCGCCAACAAGAUUAUCGCCGGCCUCCAGGCUAUGACGCCUGUUUCACUGCAUCACAAGGAUGCCCGCGGCCGCGCUUCCAAAACGAAGCUCACGCCCUUCCCGGCUACCUACCCACCCCUCGACCACGAGACGUUCAAGCAGCUCUUCCAUCGCCCCUACUUCCAUGUGCGUAUGGUUUCCGACGUUGCUGGUGUGUCCCUUGGUGGUGCCCUGAAGAACAUCGUCGCUCUGGCCGCCGGCUUCGUCGACGGCCGCGGCUGGGGUGACAACGCCAAGGCUGCCAUCAUGCGCAUCGGCCUCCUCGAGAUGGUUGCCUUUGGCCAGGCCUUCUUCGGCCAAACGGUCCGUCCCGCCACCUUCACAGAGGAGUCGGCCGGCGUCGCCGAUCUCAUUACCUCGUGCAGCGGCGGCCGUAACUUCCGUUGCGCUCGCAAGGCCGUCCUCGAGGGCCUCACCGUGCAGGAGGUUGAGGAGCGCGAGCUCAAUGGACAGAAGCUGCAGGGCACGAGCACAGCCGCCGAGGUCAAUAGCUUCCUCAAGGCCCGCGGGCUCGAGAAGGAGUAUCCCCUCUUCACUGCCGUUCACGAGAUCCUCGAGGGCCGCAACAGCGUGGACGACAUUCCUCAGUUGGUGUCCGAUAACUAA